UUUCAGGAUUUCAAAUUUCAAGGUAACUUUGUUGAAAAAUGGUUGACGAGAGUACACGUAAAACUUUAAGCAGUAUCCCCCUUUUAAAAACUAAAGCGGGCCCCAGAGAAAAAGAAUUAUGGGUUGAACGUCUCAAAGAAGAAUAUCAGUCUUUGAUUAAGUAUGUACAAAACAAUAAGGCGGCCGACAAUGAUUGGUUCCGGUUAGAGUCGAAUAAAGAAGGCACCAAAUGGUUUGGAAAAUGCUGGUUCUUUCACGAUCAGCUCAAAUAUGAAUUCGACGUGGAAUUUGAUAUUGCAGUUACCUAUCCCACCACCGCCCCAGAAAUAGCACUGCCAGAACUAGACGGUAAAACUGCAAAAAUGUACCGAGGUGGCAAAAUAUGUCUCAGCGACCAUUUCAAACCUUUAUGGGCAAGAAAUGUGCCCAAAUUUGGUAUUGGACAUGCUAUGGCUCUAGGUCUUGGUCCAUGGUUAGCAGUAGAAAUUCCUGAUUUAAUAGCAAAAGGAGUUAUACAUUAUAAAGAAAAAUCUGAACCAUCAACAUCAUAAUAACAAAUUUCCUAAUAAUCUACAAUUUUUACAAGUUUCUUUGUCUGUUAUAUAAUUUACAGUGUGUUGGAUUUUCUUGGCAGGCAGAAAAUUUUUCAUCAAUUGUAAUUGAAACGUUGCAUGCCAAGAAAAUCCAACACACUGUAAAUUAAUAAUCUAAGUGAAAAUUUUUAUUUUAUUUUUUCCAAGUUACAAUUUGUAUUUUAAGUAAAGAAUAAAUUUAUAUUUUGUA